GGCGGCCGGCGCGGCGGCCGGCGCGGCGACGCCGUCCUCGGGGAGCUCCUCGAGGCAGUCGACGUCGUCGGCGAUGGCCGCCGGCGCGUCGUCAUCGUCGGCCUCGACCGCGGCUUCGGCCGCGGCGGGCGCGGGGUCGUCAUCGUCGUCGUCGACGGGCGCGGGCGCGUCCUCGUCCAUGCCGGGCUCGGUCGCGACGCCCUCGUCGCCGUCAUUCAUGUCGGCCGCGCCGCCCUGGGGCACGAGCGUGCCGUCGGGCUUGAGGAUCUCGCGCUCCACGAAGACCUCCAGGGACUCCUCGAACAACACCGCGACUCGCACGGCCCGGUUCACGAGAUAGCGCCGCGGCAUCAAUCUAAAGAACUCCAGGACCUGCGACCGGCCGACCUUCUUGAACUUGACGCGCCUUUUGUCGCCCAUCCCCUUGCGCAUGCACCGUGCAAACAUCUGGAGGUCCCUCGUGUUCUUGAUGACGCCGCUCGUGCUGUUCGUGCUCACGUACGGCGUGAGGACCUGGCCCUUGCCCGGCGGUGAUCCCGGCGGCCACGUAACCAACACGCCCGGCUUGGGCCGCGUUGCCUUCUGGUACGGCCCCUGGUUCACGCCGACGACUAAGGUCUGGGCGACGUACGCGUGGACGCCGUUCCGGUCAGAACCGUCGAUCAAGAGACACUCCCAUUCCUCAUCUUCGAGGACCGUCUUAUCGACGUAGUAGACCGUCUUGCCGGAGGACGUGGUCGAGGAGACCGACUCCGACCGCUCUAGCGAACCGGCGCGGUCUGCGAGGAGGCGCGCGAUCGACUGCGGCGGUUUCUUCCGGCGCGGGUCGUCCUCGCGGUAGCGCGUCCGCCCCCUCUUCUGCGGCGGCGGCGGCGGCGGCGACUCAUCUCUCACCGAAUCCGUAUCAGAGCCGGCCGUCGGCGCCGUCACCUGGGCCCGUCUGGCAGGCCGCUUCUUCUUCUUGAUAGACCGCUCUUCUUGCGCACCCUUCGUCGUCUCUUCUUCGCGCUGGCGGCGCCGCUCCGCGGCGUCUUCGGCCUCCUUGGCGGCCGCAUCGACCUCCUCGCGCUGCAGGUCCUUAGCUAACCACGCGUCGCCCACCACUUGGUCUCGCUCGUCUCCUACCGUCUCUAUGGCCUCUUCGAGGGUCGUUUUACUCUUGCGCGGCGGCAUGAUGCUGCGCUUCGUGCACGCACCUGUUAAGCUGCUUCUGCACUGAACUCCGCCGCUGCCCCACCGAUUGCGACGGGGCAGCUUACUAUAUGCUCGUCAAGGCUCCCUCUUUACGAUGCGCACUGCCGCUAUGUCCUCGAAACCGCUGCGCGCGCGUUUGCACACAACGGAACGAGGGCCUUCA